CCAACUUUCCUGCUGCCUGAGAGGUGUGGAGGGUCGCGAUGUCCGAGAAAAAGCAGCCGGUAGACUUGGGUCUCCUGGAGGAGGACGACGAGUUCGAGGAGUUCCCUGCGAAGGCGGGACUGUUAGAUGAAGAUGAAGAUGAAGAUGCACAAGUCUGGGAGGGUAAUUGGGAUGAUGACAAUGUAGAGGAUGACUUCUCCAAUCAGCUAGGAGCUGAACUAGAGAAACAUGGUUAUAAGAUGGAGACCUCAUAGUAUCCAGAGGAAGUGUUGAAGCCACGUAAAGUGGAACUAUUUACU